AUGUUCGGUCUGCAGAAAUUUCUCCUCCUUCUUGUUCUGACCUGCUUUGGACAACUCGUGCAUGGGGGUGAUAUCAUACAUGGAGGAAAAGCCCCGGAGGGUUCAAUGCGAUAUAUGGUCUCUGUGCAAAACAACGGCGGUCAUGUGUGUGGAGGGUUUCUCAUCACUAAUAACUUUGUGGUCACUGCCGCACACUGUAUUCACGACUACCCCACGCAUGUUGUUCUUGGCAACCACAAUCUCAAGAAUGGCCAAAUAGUAGAGAUUAAAAAAAAAUUCGUCCAUAACAGUUACGAAAGCCCUGAGACGGGUGAUGACAUCAUGCUCCUACAAUUGGCAACCACAAACAGUCUACACGAUGUAAUUCAACUUCCGCAUGCUGAAAUAGAUCUAACAGCAAAUGAAGUGUGCCAGGUGGCUGGAUGGGGAAAAACUAUGAGUGGUGGUAAAAAUGUUGGUGAGCUGAGGGUGGUGGACGUGUCUGUCAUUAACCCACAAGUCUGUAAGAAUCAAUGGCCUCAACUUCCUGCCAAUGUUACCUGUGCAGGUGGAUAUGGCACAAGCAAAGGAUUCUGUCAGGGUGAUUCUGGUGGUCCUCUGGUGUGCAAAGGGUUUGCUGUUGGUAUCGUUUCUUUCAACUACAACAGCAAUUGUAACUACCCAGAUAAACCCAACGUCUACACGGACAUCUCAAAAUACCUCCAAUGGAUCGACAAGAUUCUACAAAACCACAAAACAUUUUGA